AUGGCAGAUCUUGUUAGCUACAUGAAUGCCGACCGUGACAUCGACCAAGCAUUGAUUGCUUUGAAAAAGGGUGCUCAACUGCUUAAAUAUGGUCGGAAAGGAAAGCCUAAGUUUUGUCCCUUUAGACUUUCCAAUGAUGAACUGUCUUUAAUCUGGAUAUCAAGUAGUGGUGAAAGAAAUCUGAAGCUAUCUUCUGUCUCAAGAAUUAUUCCAGGACAAAGAACUGCUGUCUUCCAACGAUAUCUGCGUCCUGAGAAGGACUAUCUGUCUUUUUCACUUAUUUAUAACAACGGAAAGCGAUCCCUUGAUUUGAUUUGCAAGGAUAAAGUUGAGGCAGAAGUGUGGAUUGCUGGUCUUAAGGUGCUGAUAUCUUCUGGUAAAGGUGGGCGUUCCAAAAUUGAUGGAUGGAGUGACGGAGGCCUAGACCUUGAUGACAGUAGAGACUUGACAUCAAAUAGUCCUAGUGAAAGUUCAGUUAGUGCUUCACGAGACAACAGUUCUCCUGACGUUUCUGUUAGUCUAUCAAAUACUUCUCCACAAUCCAUUUACUCUGAGAAUACCUUAAAUUUUGAAAGGUCACAUGCACCAUCAAACCCAUCAAAUAUGCAAGUGAAAGGGUCUAGUUCAGAUGUUUUUCGUGUUAGUGUUUCAAGUGCCCCCAGCACAUCCAGUCAUGGGUCUGCACCGGAUGAUUAUGAUGCUCUCGGGGAUGUAUACAUCUGGGGGGAGGUUAUCUGUGAGAAUAUUGUGAAAGUUGGUGCCGAGAAAAAUGCUAGUUAUUUUAGCCCUAGGACUGAUAUUCUCCUUCCUAGGCCACUUGAGUCAAAUGUGGUUUUAGAUGUGCUUCAAAUAGCAUGUGGUGUUAAACAUGCUGCUUUAGUCACUAGGCAAGGUGAACUUUUUACAUGGGGCGAAGAAUCUGGAGGGCGCCUUGGUCAUGGUGUUGGCAAGAAUGUGAUUCAACCUCGUUUGGUUGAAGCAAUGACAUCUACAACUGUUGAUUUUGUUGCCUGUGGGGAGUUCCAUACCUGUGCUGUUACAAUGGCUGGGGAACUAUAUACAUGGGGUGAUGGUACUCAUAAUGCUGGGCUUCUUGGUCAUGGCACUGAUGUUAGUCAUUGGAUACCAAAGAGAAUUGCUGGACCACUAGAGGGGCUUCAAGUUGCUUUAGUCACUUGUGGUCCAUGGCACACCGCCUUGAUAACUUCAACAGGGCAGCUCUUCACAUUUGGUGAUGGAACAUUUGGUGUCCUCGGCCAUGGAGAUAGGGAAAAUAUUUCAUAUCCUAGAGAAGUAGAAUCAUUAUCUGGGUUGAGGACAAUAGCUGUUGCAUGUGGAGUGUGGCAUACUGCAGCUGUUGUAGAGGUUAUUGUGACACAAUCGAGUGCUAGUGUAUCAUCAGGUAAAUUGUUUACUUGGGGUGAUGGAGAUAAAAAUCGCCUUGGACAUGGAGACAAGGAUGCCCGUCUUGAACCAACUUGUGUACCUUCACUUAUUGAUUACAACUUUCAUAGAAUUGCUUGCGGGCACAGUUUGACAGUAGGCUUGACAACAUCUGGACAAGUUUUUACAAUGGGAAGCACUGUUUAUGGUCAGCUUGGGAAUCCCCAGUCUGAUGGAAAGCUUCCGUGUUUGGUAGAAGACAAGCUUGCAGGAGAAUCUGUUGAUGAAAUUGCAUGUGGGGCUUAUCAUGUUACUGUUUUAACAUCCAAAAAUGAGGUUUACACUUGGGGGAAGGGUGCAAAUGGGAGAUUGGGUCAUGGAGAUGUUGAAGAUCGAAAAACACCAACUUUGGUUGAAGCCUUGAAAGAUAGACAUGUGAAAUAUAUUGCGUGUGGUUCAAACUACUCUGCGGCCAUUUGCCUUCAUAAGUGGGUAUCUGGUGCUGAGCAGUCUCAGUGCUCAGCUUGUAGACAGGCAUUUGGGUUCACUAGAAAGAGGCACAACUGUUAUAAUUGUGGACUUGUGCACUGCCACUCAUGUAGUUCUAGGAAAGCAUUAAGAGCUGCCCUGGCUCCUAAUCCUGGGAAGCCAUAUCGUGUUUGUGAUUCUUGUUUUGUAAAAUUGAACAAGGUAGCAGAAUUGGGUAAUAAUAAUCGGAGGAAUGCUCUGCCUCGUUUAUCAGGUGAAAACAAGGACAGGUUAGAUAAAUCUGAGCUAAGAUUGACCAAGACAGCAGUCCCUUCUAAUAUGGAUUUGAUAAAGCAGCUAGAUAGUAAGGCAGCCAAACAGGGGAAGAAGGCUGAUACAUUCUCUCUGGUUCGCAACUCACAAGCACCGUCUAUGUUACAACUCAAAGAUGUUGUCUUGUCUACUGCUAUUGACUUGAAGCGAGCAGCUCCAAGACCUGUCCUGACAUCAUCCGGAGUGAAUUCCAGGUCCGUGUCCCCUUUCUCUAGAAGACCAAGUCCCCCUCGUUCAGCUACACCUAUUCCGACAACAUCGGGACUUUCCUUCUCAAAAAGUAUUGCUGAUAGUUUGAAGAAAACAAAUGAACUUUUGAAUCAGGAAGUGUCGAAGUUACGUGGUCAGGUUGAGACCCUGAGACAGAGGUGUGAACUCCAAGAAUUAGAACUUCAAAGGUCUGCAAAAAAGACUCAGGAAGCUAUGGCACUGGCUGCUGAGGAAUCUGCCAAAUCCAAGGCUGCAAAAGAAGUUAUAAAGUCUCUUACAGCACAGCUCAAAGAUCUUGCUGAGAGGCUUCCUCCCGGUGCUUAUGAUGCUGAGAACAUCAGACCAGCUUACCUGCCAAAUGGUCUGGAGUCAAAUGGCAUCCACUAUCCAGAAUUAAAUGGCGAACGUCACACGAGGGCAGAAUCAAUCAGUGGCUCUAGUUUGGCUUCCAUAGGACUUGAAUCAUCCCUGAUGAAUAGAACCGAGGGCACUUUGCCCGGAAGCUAUGGGGCUCAUCUUUACCAACAAAACCGGGGAUAUGUAACCUCUAAUGGGACUGAUGAUUACCCUGAUGUUAAAUUGCCAAAUGGAAGCGGCAUGAUUCAGGCAAGCAGCAGUACUGUAUCAGAUACUGUUGAUGCUAGGGAUUCUGGGAAUUUCCAAGAUGACGAAAAUGGAUCGAGAUCAAGGAACGUGAAUGCCGUAGUGCCUGCUAAUAGUAAUCAAAUUGAGGCAGAAUGGAUUGAACAAUAUGAACCUGGCGUCUAUAUAACAUUGGUUGCCCUGCGUGAUGGAACAAGAGAUCUGAAGCGAGUGCGGUUCAGCCGGCGAAGAUUUGGAGAGCACCAAGCGGAGACUUGGUGGUCGGAGAACCGCGAUAGAGUAUACGAAAGAUACAAUGUUCGAAGCACCGACAAGUCUUCCAGCCAGACAGCUCGUAGGGCAGACGGUUCUGGUUCACCUGUUUUAUAAUCUUAGGGAAGUAGAUGGAAGGAAGUUCAGGGAAGUAGAUGGAAGGAAGUUCAGGGAAGUAGAUGGAAGGAAGUUCUCCAUUAACACUUUUUGUUGCAGUGAGCAUUGUAGGAAAAAAAUCAAAAAUCAAUAUGAAGGAACCAGGCACCCCUUUUGAGUUUUAUUGUCUAUCCUUUUUUUCUCUCCAAUCUUUUUGCUCCCUCACCUUUUUUUCUCUCUUUAAGUUAAAUGUCUUCCAUUUUAUUUGGGCAGGUGCCCUUUACAUAUCUGUUGUAUUGUAGUGUAUAUAAAAUCAUCAGUUGAGAUAACCUUUCCUAUUUUCUUGGUUUUUUAUCCCCCGUUGCACUUUUUUUUUUGUUACCUCAAUAUGUAUACCUCAGGAAUAAAGUGUAUGCGUGGUGAUAUUUGAUGUAAAUUAUUAUUUAAUUAUUA